GGCGCUUAUCAACACUGUUCGCUUCCCUGUUAACCGACUGUUACAUCGACUGGCUGACAUCGAAUCUCAAAAUGAAUGAUGCUGUUGGCCCUGACCACGGUGCGACAGCCUUGAACUCCACGCAGACAACUUCAACAGAUGUGCAGAUCAGCAUGGGUCAUACCAAAGUUGAUACCAAGAAAAAGGGCAACUGUUGCAGCUGGCUGUUGCUGGCCCUCUUGGUUCCAGUUCUAAGUGCGGCCACUGCUCUGGUCUGGUAUUAUGAGGGUAACUGGUACGGAUUGGCUGCGCUCUAUGGCAGUUUGGUGGUGUUGCUGCUGGUGAAGCCGGGCUGGCGCUGGUUCUAUAUAGCAGCAGUCACGGGUCCACGGGACACCAUCGCGUUGAUUGCCUACAUUCGCGUUUUGCUGUUUAUCAAGGGACAGGAGCGCAAGAAUCUCAACGUGGGCGACAUCUUUGAGGCGAAUGUGGCGCGACAGCCGGACAAGCUGGCCAUAGUCAGUGAGUCGCAGAAGUGGACCUUCCGGCAGCUAAACGAGCACGCGAAUCGCGUGGCCAACGUGUUCCACAGUCACGGCUACAAGAAGGGCGAUGUGGUGGGCCUGCUGCUGGAGAAUCGCGCCGAGUUCGUGGCCACCUGGCUGGGACUGUCCAAGAUAGGCAUCAUAACGCCCCUGAUCAAUACAAAUCUUCGCGGCGCAUCGCUGCAGCACAGCGUCAAAGUGGGCAAUUGCACGGCUCUGAUCUAUGGCAUCAGCUACAGAUCGGCGGUGAUGGACAUAGCCAAGGAUCUACCCGCCCAUGUGGCGCUCUAUCAAUUCAAUGAUGUGGCCAAUUCCACGGAAACAACGGACGGUCUUACACAGGGUCUGGCACAACAGCUCAACGCACUGCUCGAUUCGGCGCCCAAGGACAAGGUAGCCGCUGGCGCUAGCCGUGCCGAUCAUCAGGAUAAGCUUUUAUAUAUCUACACAUCGGGCACCACAGGAUUGCCCAAGGCAGCUGUCAUCACGCACGCACGCUACUUCUUUAUAGCCGCUGGCAUACACUUUACAUUGGGUUUUCGGGACAAUGACGUAUUCUACACACCGCUGCCGCUUUACCACACGGCUGGCGGCAUCAUGAGCAUGGGCCAGGCGCUGCUCUUUGGCUCCACGGUGGUCAUACGCAAGAAAUUCAGUGCUUCGGGCUAUUUCGCGGACUGCGCCCGCUUUAAUUGCACGAUUGCCCAGUAUAUUGGCGAGAUGGCGCGCUAUAUAUUGGCUACGCCGGCGGCACCACAUGAUCGCCAGCAUCAGGUGCGCAUGGUCUUUGGCAACGGGCUGCGACCGCAGAUUUGGACACAGUUCGUGGAGCGCUUCAACAUAGCCAAGGUGGGUGAGUUCUAUGGGGCCACGGAGGGCAAUGCGAACAUCAUGAACAAUGACAGCACUGUGGGCGCCAUUGGCUUUGUCUCGCGCAUAUUGCCCCAGGUGUAUCCCAUAUCCAUAAUACGCGCCGAUCCUCACACCGGUGAGCCCAUACGCAACGAGAAGGGUCUCUGCGAGCUGUGUGCGCCGCACGAACCGGGCGUGUUCAUAGGCAAAAUUGUGAAGGGCAAUCCGUGCCGCGAAUUCCUGGGCUAUGUGGAUACCAAAGCGUCGUCCAAGAAGGUUGUGCACGACGUCUUCUGCAAGGGCGACAAGGCAUUCAUAUCGGGUGAUUUGCUGGUUGCCGAUGAGCGAGGCUAUUUGUUCUUCAAGGAUCGCACGGGUGACACCUUCCGCUGGAAGGGCGAGAAUGUCUCCACCAGCGAAGUGGAGGCACAGCUGAGCAAUCUGAUCAGCUACAAGGACACCAUUGUGUAUGGCGUGUGCAUACCCCAGACAGAGGGACGCGCCGGCAUGGCAGCCAUCUAUGAUCCCACGCGGGAGGUAAAUGUCUCCCAGCUGGGUGCAGAACUCGCCACAGCACUGCCCAGCUAUGCGCGUCCGAUAUUUCUGCGCUUCCUGCGUCGCAUCGACCUGACCGGCACGUUCAAGCUGCGCAAGGUGGAGCUGCAGCAGCAGGGCUUCAAUCCAGCCGCCAUCGAGGAUGAGCUCUACUAUGCACAACCCAAUGGCAGCUAUGCGCCACUGACGCAGUCCAUCUACGAGCAAAUUCAGCGCAAUGAACUGCGCUUUUGAAGAGCGGUUAAAUUAGUAU